AUGGAUCAGGGCGAGAAGCCUUGCAACGACCGGUCACCGGGAUACCGCCCUGCCCCAGCAGGGACAACGCUGUUUCUUUUCCCCUUUUUAGGGGAUGUGUGCAGUUGCUGCUCAAGUUGCUACGACUGCUGUGGAAAGUGCGGCUGCUGCCCGCAGUGCUGCACGUGUGGUCCCCCUUGCCCGGGAUGCUACUACAACAUGCCCUGUCUAUGCUGCUGCUGCCGGCCUGUGCUUCCGGGGAAGCACAUCGACGAGGACGAGCUAGUACCGGAGUCUACAGCUGCGGAUGAAGUUCUCAAAGAUAUCGAAGAAGAACACUUUGGUGAAGAAGCUGGAGAGGAGGAGGAGGAAGGCGAAACGGCGCCACCUUCAGAGGCAACAGAGGUGACGGGGGCAGCAGACGUGUUGCCGGUCCGUACCAGGGUUGCGGCUAAGAAGAGGGCAAAGGCCCAGCCCAAGAAGCAUGCAGCCAAAAGCCAGCCGAAAAUGUUCACCGGGUCUGCUGCUGGGGCACCCCCACCACCUGCAGAGGCUUGUACUGGUCCUCUGCCUGAGCCUGAAGAGCCAGCAACUCCACUCGGUAUGGGGGUCUACCUUGUGUAUAGCACUGAAAAUGGCGGCACCAUGUACAUGAAGUGGAGCAAGACACCGUUAUCCGGUCCAGGUGUGUUGGCAUAUAUCGAGCCGACGAAGGAGGUUGGCGCGUUCAAGUUCGAAAAGAAGGAUGGUGUUGAACACAUUGGCAGUGGCUUUGAGCAAGACUUACAGAGCAGCUUCGUCGCCGAUCGAAAAAAGUACUACGACGGGUGGGCUACGUUCUUGAAGCAGAUGGACGCCGCGGAUGGCACGCUUGUUCUUCUUCCGGCGGCGACGCUUCAGCCGCCUCCGAAAGUCAAAGUGGUUGUGCUUUCGCAUAAAAAAAUGCGUGUCCUGGAAGCCGACACCCGUCUACCAAAGGAAGAUGUGGAACUGAUGGCCGUCGUUCCGGCCACCGUCGUGAAAUUUGACGUUCCGACGAUGGAAGUAGGAGAGUUUGCUGCGUUUGCGAAUAACUAUGGGUCCCUCAUCAGCUUUGUCCCGGCCAAGAAAUGA